UGCCACUACAACUAUCUAGAUUGCUCGUCAGAUAGCUAUUCUUCCAUCACUCUCUUUUGAUCGCGGCUGUGCACCGCAUAUACACACUAUCGCAGUCUCGGCCUUGCAUCUGGUCCACAGCUGCAGCUCCAAACCUCUGCCCACCCAGACGCCUUCGCCGCAAGACGCCAUCCACCCAACCGACCGAGCGUGAACCAGCGCGGAUCAUUCUUCGAUAUCGCUAGCCAAGGCUCUGGCCAACCUCUCCCUGUCAGGCGUUGCUCUCCUGCAGCGUUUCUGAUUCCGCCGCGUGGACGCGCCACACUCUCUCGCCCCCGGCAUGCUAGACACCGGCCAAACGUAUCACCAUGACAACGACAGUAGACAAACUAAGCCUAGAUGACUGGCUGGACGACCUCAGCGUUCGCUUUCUCGUCAAUCUAGCUCCAGAGGAAUUGGAGAAUGUCUCUCGCAUCUGCUUCCAAGUAGAGGAAGCUCAAUGGUUCUACGAGGACUUCAUCCGCCCGCUUGACCCCACGUUGCCGCCGCUCAAUUUGCGGAGUUUCACAAUGGCGCUAUUUCAACGCUGCCAUUUGUUUUCUCAUUAUCCUCCAGAGCUGCACUUGGCGGCGUACGAAGACUUCAUAAAAUAUAAGAAAAGGGUGCCCGUUCGGGGUGCUAUCUUGCUCAAUGAGGAAAUGACAGAGGCGGUUUUGGUCAAAGGCUGGAAGAAAGGCUCUAGAUGGAGCUUUCCAAGGGGGAAGAUUAAUAAAGAGGAGGGUGAUCUGGCUUGCGCGGUUCGCGAGGUGUAUGAGGAGACCGGAUAUGAUCUGAAUAGUGCGGGUCUGGUGCGUCCAGAGGAGGAAACGAAGAAGAUUCAGAUAUCUAUUAGGGAUCAGGAAAUCGCGCUCUUCGUUUUCCGUGGAGUUCCAAAGGACGCUCACUUUGAGGCGCGGACACGGAAGGAAAUCUCGGACAUCCGAUGGUGGAAGAUUUCCGACUUGCUGAAGAAUAAGGCAAACAAGCGGACUCAGCAAAUCAACGGGGAGGAUCUCAAUGGCAACAGUUGUUACAUGGUGGCGCCUUUCAUAGGUCCCCUCAAGAGCUGGAUCAGGGAGCAACGUAAGCUAGAUCAGACAAAGGGGAGAAACCGAGGAGCAGCACCAUUACCGGCAACGGAUACCGAAGACAUUGAUGCGGGCGACACAACGGCCGAUGAUGCCGCUCCUGCCGAACAGCAGGAGGAUGGCAACUUCGCCAAUCUGAUUGCCAACCUAGGCCGAACUCAUCAAACAAGCCAUCCGCUGCCCGAAGUCUCUAAUCAGCCUGCAUUGGAUCCAGCUGCGGAAUUGAAGAGGCUGCUCAGUGUCGGCGAUGACGAGCCAUCGCGCACCCCUACUGUUGAGGCCCCGUCGUCCGCGCCAGUAAAUGGACUCUCCGCAUUGCUGUAUCCUGGCAACCGUCCACCUCCUCCACUUCCCCGCACCCCGAAUGAUCAAUUAUUGACAAACGUAAUGCCGCCUCCAAGUCCGCACCACCACAUCCCUCAUCCGCCAGCGAACUUGUCCCACCUCCCCCCGCCGCCGUCUUUUAACUAUCCCCAGCAUCCACCGCCUUCCUACGGCCCUCAACCGCCGCAGCUACCUCCACAACACGCAACAGCGUUGCCUAUGGGGUCGUCACCGCAUGUCCUCCCACAUCCAUAUGGCCAGCAUGCUCCAACUUUGCCGACCACGCACGACACCCAGCCCCACGUACGGAAUGGCCAUGAUUACCAAGCCCUGCGAUCCUAUCAGCACGCUGGAGAUAUGAUGGGUCCGCGGCAGCCUUCAUUUUCGAACAUUCAUGGACCUGUCAUUCCAACUGGUCCAAAGUUGCCUCCCCCAAAGCUUACGUCUCAUACUGUUGGACUUUUGAAUACGUUCAAAGGGUCGGGUACUGCUGCACCCCCUACUCAACAGACGCAGAGUCCGGUCGCCCGGAGCUCUCAGACGACGCCUCGAACGCGCCAGCCGCCGGUGGCUCAGCAACGGCCUGUGGAGACGUUCCCAUCCCCACCAGUGCAAAGCGUAGGCCCUUAUGGUUCGAGUCCCGCACCAUUGCAUUCGCUAGUCACAAACAGACCUCCUCUGCAGCCAACGCCUAGGAGCGCACAUCACAACACUCUGCUAAGUCUGUUUCGAUCACCCACUAUGUCGGCGGCGACUCCGGAGCCUCCGUCGGAUGCUGCGCCUGUCGAGCUCUCCGCGCAUCCAGUCACCCCUGGUCAGACCACGUCACAGACAGUUGCUUCCCAACCUAGAGCACCCCCUCCUGAUAUGCAGGUUAACCCGGACUUACUUCAUGCUUUCGGCGUCCCCUCCCGGAAGGCAGAUUUGACGUCAGCUACUGUAACUGGGCCGGUGAAUGUUCCUGACUUCGAAACCGUACGGAAGAAUGCGCAUGUUAUGGACGGCCAUUCUCGGGGGCCAUCACCUGCUGAUGCAACCCCUGUGGGGCAAAAGCCAUUCGUACCGCAAAUGAUCCUUAAGAGGCCUAAUUCAGGCAAGACACAGAGCCCUGUUGAAGUCAGUAGCUCAAGUAAAGGUGCAAGCCACACAACACCGUUGGACCUUACUACUUUGCAACAAAAAGCGUUCAAGCCGCAGAUUCUGAAGCGCCCUCAGCCAGGUGCGGCUCCCUCACAUGCGCCCAACUCUGAAACCCCAUCCCAUCCCUCACGUUCUCCACCACCCGAUCUGCAUCAUCAAUCGCCUCCUCCGCUUGGCAACAACGCCGGGUCGUAUCCAGGCCCAUCGGAAUCUGUCUCGAAACUCUCUAUUCCCUCCGGCUUCGAUAGAAGGGAGUCGCAGUCGGCGGCGCAGAAGGAUGCACUGUUGUCCCUGUUCUCCAAGCCUCCCCAACCGACAGCCGUUCCAACGCGGAACGCAAAAUUGCCGGAUUUGCAGAAUGCGCCUUCUCAGCACUCGCAAAAUCUUCUGAGUCUAUUUGGAGCUUCGUCGCAGCCGAGAGGUCAGGUUCCGCCAAGUGAGGGUCCUCAGCCUCCUACGCCCAAGAGCAUUGUCUCUGGAGUCAUCAGCCCCGUUAGCCCUCUGCCAGAUAAGGGCAGUCAGGUGAACAGCCCGGCGCCACCGACCUCUCGAUCUAGGAUAUCAUCUAUUGGCGAUACGAUGCCUCCCAAUAUUGCCAUUCCCAAAGGCAUGCCGACGCCAUUGGAGCCGUUAACAGCGGGGCAGACAAAUGGAAGCGGACAUAUUGGUUUGGAGGUCGGGUUUUCAGCAAAUAACGGCUUGGUAGCUUCGGAUCACAAGAACGAGGGCAAGGGUACCACAAGCCCAGUCAAUUCUUCCUUCUUGAGAGGUUUCCUGGAGGAUGUGGCGAGGCGUGGUCGAUAACUGUGUCGUGACUGACACAAUUGUGUAGUGUAUUUUCUGGCCAUGGAAUUCAACAUAUAUGGAGUUACAUUUCGGUGUGCGUGAUCUUUUGAUAAGAUGCCUAUGCGAGUGAGCUCGCGUGAGUUUCAGUCUCGGAGUGUCCCAAAAGCAUGCCGAAGCAAGUGCGAGGAGCUGGAGUUCACCGUGUACGGAGUAUGCCCAGGUGUAAAGCAGCUCUCACAUGACACAUGCCUGACGUCCUGCUUCUCGAAGAGAAUCAGACAUCGUGCUGGCUUCAGCAAUUCCUUGCGGCGCAUUGCAAGCUU